AUGCUGAGCGGCGCGGGUGAUGCGUCCGCCCGCAGGCUGCGCCGCCAGCACGGCUUCCAGCUGCCGCUGCACCCGCUCCAGCUGUCCGGCUGGCUAGUCCUGGCCGCCCUCACCGGCGGCGCCUUCCUGGUGCUGGUGCCGGCGUUGCCGCUGCACGCGCAGCCCGCCGUGCUCGCCACCCUUUCGGUGCUGCUGCUGCUGCAUCUGGCCGCCCACCUGGGGGCGGCGCUUCUGGAUCCCGCCGAGGCCUCGCUUCGCUCGAAGCCGCCCGAACCCGUGCCGCAGCUAGACAGGGCCAAGCACCAGCACGUCAUCGAGGCGGGUGAGUGUCACCUGUGCCGCAUCCUGACGACGGGCCCGCGCACCAAGCAUUGCAGCGCGUGCAACAAGUGCGUGGCCAGCUUCGACCACCACUGCAAGUGGCUGAACCACUGCGUCGGGGGCCGCAACUACGCGCUCUUCCUCAUGUGCGUCUCCACGGCGGUGGUGGCCGCCGCGCUCGUCGCGGCGCUCGCCGUCGCGGAGCUGGCGCUCCACCACUCCUACUGGGGGGCCUCCACCGACGCGGCCAGCGACAAGAAGGACCACCCACCGUCCGAGACCAAUUCCUCCGGCCCGAUACCGCCGUCCUCGCUACCUUCGAGCGAUGCUGCCUUCCUGGCCGUAGUGGCGGCUUUGGGACUACUGGCCGCCGUUACCGCAGGUUUGCUGCUUCAUCUCUGUUUCUUUCACAUCUACAUCUCCUUCCUGGGUCUCACCACCUACGAGUACAUCCGGCAGCAACGCCAGAGCCAAGUGCAAUCGCCCGUACCUGCUGCUAAUAGAGAGGAAGAAGAACGAGGGACGGCCAACGCCAACUCGACGCUACGCCACCGCCCGGUGAACCUCCAUUGUGGAGAGGAAAGGUCGCGGACGACUCUCUUCACCUGCACCAUCCUGGAGGAGACCUUCUCCAACUGCUCCUCGGCCGCGGAACCCACCCCCACGCCGCCAAGCACGCCCCAGGACUGCCAGCUCUGCGUGUUAACCAGCAACUCGGUGGCGCCGGAGUCGAAAGCACCGCCUCCGCCGAAGAAGCUCCGGAGGAAGUGGAACUGCUGCGUGUCGGUGCCUGACAGUCCCGAUGAUCCUCACAGUCCGUCGGAACCGAGGUGUCUUAUGUCCCUCUGCAGGCACAAAGUGAAAAGCAAAAAUUUGCCUGCGCUGGAAGGCCGGCCCCAUAGGACGCACGGUCACUGGUCCAGCGCCAAGCUUAGGAUGUUGUUUAGGAUAUUGGGUAACCUGGGCCAGAACAGGAGGCGAUCGUCCCAGCCAUCCCCGCAUCCGUCUCCGCAACCCGUCCACCGCAGCAACCAAGUGGUGCCCUCACCGGGGGACACCGGCUGCCCCGACGCCAUCCACACCGUAAACAACCUGGUGCCCGUCCCCUGCUAUCCGGACGCGACGCGUCGCGCCAACGUUCUGCCCGCGUUGCCCGCUCCCCCGCGACGCCGUCUCAUCAGCGAUACCGAGUUAGCCAACGCACUGGCGGCGCUGCAACAGCAGCAACGAUGCGGUAACGUCCGCCGUCCUCUCUACAGAAGGAGAAGAAGGAGCGUGGCGCACCGACAAAAAACGCCCGCGUUGUCCCCGAUCCGAGAGAGCGGCUUGUCCAAUCCCACUUCUCCGUCCCGACAGAACUGCACUGUGAGUGCCAUCAGCGGGUCGUGCACGAGGCCGUUCUAAACGCGUCGCCGCAUGUGGGUCCAGUUCCAAACGCAGCCUGUCAGUAGCGGAUCCGUAUUUUAAACGCGAGUGCCCACAAGUUAUGGAUUCUUACGCUAGGCGUCGCUGGAAAUUUUCGUUCUGUCGCUUAGAUUGGUGUGUGGCGUACGGUGCUGCCUCUAGUGCGUGCGAUUUCUUUGUUUGUUAGUUCAUGAUAGCUGGCUUUCUAAUUCGAUAUCUGAUUCUUUUCAGCUAGGUUUCUCCUUGAAGCGUUGAAAGAUCCACAGAUCAAGAAAAGACAUAGAUACAUAAUUUAUACCUAUGUGGCUUGAAGCCAAAAUAGUUCAUCGGAAGGGUGAGGAAGUUGUGUUUGCAUUCCCUCAUGGGCAGUGGCGUAUCAUUUUAUAGGGGCUGAUUGCAACUAAAAUAACAAGUUUAAUAAUUAUAAUUGUAAAUUUUAUUUUCCGCAGAUAAACUAGGGAAAAUAUGAUGUAAAUAGGUAUGUUAAGAAAGCGUGUUUUAUUUCUUAAGGUAUCUAUGAGAUUAUUUAACUUUUCUUCAACCUAUUUUAUUACUUAUGAACUUCACAGUCCCCUAUAUUUACUUCUUCCUGGAAUACGGUUGAGAUGAUCUACUGACACAAUUUUACUCUCAUUUAUAUACAAAAGGAAUGAUACAUUUCAUCAUACUCUUAAGCUGUUAAUUAAUAUAAUUUUUACGAGAUUUUAACAAAACAAAGUAUUUAAAUUCCAUUUGGGUAGGUCCUAGUUUUAAUUUUAAUAGCUUAUGACACGGUGUAAAAUUUGGUAUCAACUCUUACAUAGAAUUUAUGAAAUUUGUAUAUAGGAAACUAAAAGAUUGACCAUAUUUUAAAAUCAUAAUUCAUUUUUAUAGAGUCGGUCCAUUAACCCUUCCUAUUACAAACACAUAUGUGUGAAUUUAUAUAAAAAACUA